AUGACUAUGAAAAUUCCCUUAUUAGGGUCCAACCGGCAAAGCACAGGCCCAGCUGCAGAAGCGGCGCAGCCCGACCCGGCGGCGUUCACCCCGCCGGAGUCUGGCGCCCGCUCUAUAAAAACCUGUCUCCGAAAGUCAGCGCGCUGCCGCUUCCGAAGUCGUGGGAAGGGCGACCGGGGGACCCCCGAAAGAUGGCGCCGCCGUCGUCGCUUCUCCUCUGUGCCGGGGGGCGAAAGCGGGUCCCCGGCCGGGCGGAGCCUGACUCGGGGGCGGAGCGAGGGGGCUCAGGAGGCGGGCGAAGCGAGGUGGGCUCUGCCUAGCGGCGAGGCAGGCGGUUCCUGCUGUCGCUGCUGCUGCUGCUGCUGCGGCGGCGGCUGCCCCGCGCUCCGCGUCUGCUUCUCCGCCUCGCCGGUCCUCCGCGCCAUGGCAGCCCCGCGCGCCUCGCUGCUGCUCCGCCGCCGCCGCCUCCUCCUCUUCCUGCCCGCCGCCGCCUGUCCCUCGCCCGCCGCCGCCGCCGCCUCCGCCUCGUCCUCUUCCACCGCCUCUUCGCCGGCGCCGCCGCCGCCUCUCCUGCCGCUCCUGCUGCUGCUGGCCAGCGGCCCGGGCGGCGGAGGCCGGGGUGGCGGCGGCGGCAGCAGCCCGUGCCGGGAGAAGACGGUGACGGUGUCUACCUUGCCGGUGCUGAGAGAGAGCGACCUCGCCUGGAGCAGCAGCCGGAGCAGCGGCAGCCCCCCGGGCGGAUCGGGCGCCUCCCCGUCUUCAGCAUCUGCCGCCGCCGCCGCCGCCGCUGCCCCGGGCUCGGUGCCUCCUGGCGGCGGUGGCAGCGGCGACUCGCGCCUGCUGCUCUUCGUACGGAGCGAACUGCCCGGGCGCGUUGCGGUGCAGGACGACCUGGACAACACGGAGCUCCCGUUCUUCACUCUGGAGAUGUCAGGAACAGUAUCAGACCUUUCCUUAGUGCAUUGGAAGCAGCAAUGGCUGGAAAACGGCACCCUCUACUUCCACGUGUCCAUGAGCAGCGCUGAGCAACUUUCCCGGGCCACACCACCAAGCCUGCAAGAACCUUCAGAAAUUGUGGAUGAACAAAUGCACAUUCUACACGUGUCUGUCAUGGGCGGACUGAUUGCUCUCCUUUUGCUGCUGCUGGUGUUCACCAUAGCCUUGUAUGCCCAGCGGCGCUGGUACAAACAACGCCGGGUCCCCCACAAGAGUGCCAGUACUGAGGCCACCCAUGAAAUCCAUUACAUCCCCUCAGUUCUUAUGGCCUCCCAGGGCAGGGACAGCUUUCGUGGCUCACGCCUCCAGGGUCACACCUCGGUCAUCGGCAUGCCCAUCCGCGAGACACCCAUCUUGGAUGACUAUGACUACGAAGAGGAGGAGAACCCUUUGCAUCCGGAGCAUGGCUACAGAGAUGGAGAGUUUGGGAGUCAGACCGGGGUACCCCUGGACAGCUCGGGGAGGAGUGGAGAGAAGCUGGUCUAUGAAAAGAAAGCUGCAGAGGUGUCUCAGGAGACAGUGGAGACCCUGAUGCAGAAAUUCAAGGAGAGCUUUCGGACCAACACACCCAUUGAAAUUGGCCAGCUACAGCCUGCUGCCCGUAGCUCAUCUGUUGGGAGACGGAAACGCAGGAACCGGCACCGAGGUGGUGUUGGAUUUGGCCACACCAAAGGCAACUCAGGGUCCGAAGCAGAUGAUGAAACCCAGCUGACGUUCUACACCGAACAAUACAGAAGCCGCCGACGCAGCAAAGGUUCCCUCAAAAGCCCUGUGAACAAGACAGCCCUUACAUUAAUUGCUGUGAGUUCUUGCAUCCUGGCCAUGGUCUGUGGCACUCAGAUCUCCUGUCCACUCACUGUUAAAGUGACCCUUCAUGUUCCUGAGCACUUCAUCGCUGAUGGAAGCAGUUUUGUUGUGAGUGAGGGCAGCUACUUGGACAUCUCUGACUGGCUGAACCCUGCAAAGCUCUCCCUAUAUUAUCAAAUCAAUGCUACAUCACCAUGGGUCCGUGAUCUCUGUGGACAGAGAACUACUGAUGCAUGUGAGCAUCUCUGUGAUGAAGAGACUGGUGAGUGCAGCUGCCAUGAAGGAUAUGCACCUGACCCUGUGCAUCGGCACCUCUGUGUGCGCAACACCUGGGAGCACAGUGAAGGCCCUUGGCCAUACACAACUCUGGAAAGAGGUUAUGAUUUAGUUACUGGAGAACAAGCUCCUGAGAAAAUACUUAGGUCUACCUACAGCCUAGGCCAAGGUCUUUGGCUUCCUGUGAGUAAGAGUUUUGUGGUUCCCCCAGUGGAGCUUUCAAUCAAUCCAUUGGCUAGCUGCAAGACCGAUGUCCUUGUGACUGAAGAUCCAGCAGAUGUCAGGGAAGAAGCGAUGUUGUCGACCUAUUUUGAGACCAUCAAUGACCUGCUCUCUUCCUUUGGGCCUGUUCGGGACUGUUCUCACAAUAAUGGAGGCUGUACCCGCAACUUCAAAUGUGUAUCGGACCGUAAAGUGGACUCAACCGGCUGCGUGUGCCCUGAGGACCUGAGACCCAUGAAAGAUGGGACUGGCUGCUAUGACUACUCAAAGGGGAUUGAUUGCUCAGAUGGUUUCAAUGGUGGUUGUGAGCAGCUGUGUCUUCAGCAAACUCUCCCUCUCUUGUUGGACCCAACAUCCAGCACCAUCCACAUGUUCUGCGGCUGCGUUGAGGAAUACAAGUUGGCUCCAGAUGGCAAGUCCUGCCUCCUGUUGUCAGACAUCUGUGAGGGCCCCAAGUGCCUCAAGCCAGAUGUGAACUUCAAUGAUACUCUCUUUGGAGAAAUGCUUCAUGGCUACAACAACAGGACCCAACAUGUCAACCAAGGGCAGGUCUUCCAGAUGACGUUCAGGGAGAACAAUUUCAUCAAGGACUUUCCCCAACUGGCUGAUGCACUGGUGGUCAUUCCUUUACCGGUUGAGGAGCAGUGUCGUGGAGUGCUAUCAGAACCUCUUCCCAACCUUCAGCUGCUUACUGGUGAUAUCCGAUAUGAUGAAGCCAUGGGCUACCCUAUGGUUCAACACUGGAGGGUCCGAAGUAACUUGUACAGAGUGAAGCUAAGCACCAUCGCCCUUUCGGCAGGAUUUGCAAACGUCCUCAAGAUUCUGAACAAGGACAGCAGCCGUGAGGAGCUGCUGUAUUUCAUUCAGCAGUAUGGUUCCCAUUACGUAGCAGAAGCCUUAUACGGCUCUGAAUUCAGCUGCACCAUCCAUUUCCCAAGCAAGAGGAUCCAGCAGCAACUCUGGUUGCAAUAUCAGAAAGAAACUACAGAACUUGGAAACAAGAAGGAGCUCAAGUCCAUGCCCUUCAUCACCUAUCUCUCUGGCCUGCUGACAGCCCAGAUGCUGUCGGAUGAUCAGCUGGUCUCCGGCGUGGAGAUCCACUGUGAAGAAAAGGGCCGGUGCCCUUCGACCUGCCAUCUCUGCCGCCGGGCAGGCAAGGAGCAGCUCAGCCCUACCCCUGUGCUCCUGGAAGUCAACCAGAUCACCCCGUUAUAUAUGCUGAUCCAGGACAACAAGACCCGAGAGGCAUUCAAGGGAGCCCUCAUGAGCUCUUAUUGGUGCUCAGGAAAAGGAGAUGUGAUUGAGGAUUGGUGCCGCUGUGACCUCAGCGCCUUUGAUGAGAAUGGGCUCCCCAGCUGCAGCCCACUUCCCCAGCCUGUUUUGCGGCUGUCUCCCAACGUCGAACCUUCAAGCACCGUUGUCUCCUUGGAGUGGCUCGAUGUCCAGCCGGCCAUUGGAACAAAAAUCUCAGACUAUGUCUUGCAUCACAAAAAGGUGGAUGAAUACACUGACACUGACCUCUAUACAGGAGAAUCCUUGAGCUUUGCUGAUGAUUUACUCUCCGGCCUUGGAACUGCCUGCAUUGCUGCUGGUAGGACUCAUGGGGAUGAUCAAGAUGCCAGUCUUUACUCUGUCAUUUUCAAAUGCUUGGAGCCUGACGGAUUGUACAAAUUUACCCUCUAUGCUGUGGACACCCGGGGGAGGCACUCAGGACUGAGCACCAUCACACUAAGAACGGCCUGUCCUUUGGUGGAUGACAGCAAGGCAGAAGAGAUAGCAGAUAAGAUCUACAACCUCUACAAUGGCUACACCAGUGGGAAGGAGCAACAGACAGCCUACAACACCCUAAUGGAAGUCUCUGCAUCAAUGCUCUCCCGAGUCCAGCAUCACUACAACUCCCACUAUGAGAAGUUUGGCGACUUUGUCUGGCGCAGCGAGGAUGAGCUUGGCCCCAGAAAAGCACAUCUCAUCCUGCGACGGCUUGAGAAAGUCAGUAGCCACUGUUCAACUUUGCUACGCAGUGCCUACAUCCAGAGCCGGACUGAUACCAUGCCCUACUUAUUCUGUCGUAGCGAAGAGGUCCGGCCCCCUGGCAUGGUCUGGUACAAUGUCCUCAAGGACACCAAAAUCACAUGUGAGGAGAAGAUGGUCUCUCUGCUGCGCAACAUGUACAGUGAUUCCAAGGGGCGAUGAAAGACAGUGCCGGCCAACCGAGGCAACCCAGCAGAGGCACACCCAACUCAGACGAGUCAAGGACAUGUGGCAACCUGCAGUUUGAGGGAAAGGAGAGCAGAGAGGUGAACAACAGCCAGCUGAGGGAUCAGCAAGAUUUCUCCCCCAUUCCCCUUUUUUAGGUUCUGUUUUUUAAAAUAAUAAUUAUUAUUUAAGCAGGAAGUACAUAGUUUUGCUCCGUUCAAGGGAAAAAAAGACCAAAAAAAAGUGUCAUCCUUCUCAGAUGCUUUUCCUAACUAAAUCCCUAGCCAUGUGCUCCAAAGCUGAGAGCAGGGGCUGGAGAGAAAACUCAGCUGGUGGGGUGGGGGCCCACAAGUGGUGGCACCAACAGCUUUCAGCUGUACUUUAGGUGGGUGACUCACUUUAGGUCUUUGCUCGGAGUGACUGAGACUUGGGUAGCACGAGAACUUUAUGCAGGAAGUCAGAAGAACCUACAUUUUUGAAGGGACAGCACCCUUGAAGUAGCCACUGAGCAACUGACACCAGAUUAGAGCAGGGGCUUUGCUGGUGGGCUAUUACAAGAAAAGUGACACGUCAAACACGAACAAGAGAAUGGCUCCUUGGAUGAUUCUCUCUACCAGUGUCCUGACAGGUUGUUCUGUGCAUUAAAACAUUCAUAUUUACUUCCA